AUGUCAUCGGAUGACGGUGCUUCAAAGAAUCAUUCAUCACGAUUGAAACAAUGGAAAGUGAAUGAAUUGAUUUCAGAAACGGCUAUCAAAUACAUAUCGCUGAUCGUAUUGGUGCUGCAGAAUGCGUCACAAGUUUUGGUGAUGCGUUAUGUGAGAACACGACCGCGAGAGAUGUUCUUAUCGACAGUGGCGGUGCUGGUGACAGAGAUUGUGAAGCUGCUCACUUGCUUUGCGAUUGUUUGCUUCGAGGAAAUGAGCGUGAUCAAGUGUUUGAGGUUAAUGGUGAAACAAAUCAUAAUGCAACCGAUAGACACGCUGAAAGUGUGUGUGCCAGCAACCAUUUACGUGCUGCAGAAUAAUUUAUUGUAUGUGGCUGUAUCCAACUUGCCUGCUGCCACCUAUAUGGUUACGUAUCAAUUGAAAAUAUUGACAACUGCAAUGUUCACAGUGAUUAUAUUACGAAGGCGUUUAUCACUGGUACAAUGGGUAGCAUUGGUUUUGUUAUUUGCUGGCGUUGCAUUAGUGCAGUUGGAUGAACACAACGCAAAAGAAGCAGCGAAAGCAUCUGCACUGGCAGCGAAAUCGAUGUCGAUGUCGAAUAAUGACACGAACAGUUUAGCGUUUAAUGCUGCCAACAAUAUCACCAAUGUUGUACAAAGUCAACAUAAACAUCUCACUGAGCAAAGUCCGAUCAAGGGCUUGAUUGCAGUGUUGGUGGCAUGCGUUCUGUCAGGGUUUGCUGGAAUAUAUUUUGAGAAAAUAUUGAAAGGUUCCGAAGUAUCUGUGUGGAUUCGAAAUAUUCAACUGGCCAUUAUUUCAUUGCCAGUUGGUCUAGCGAACGUUUUCGUAAGUAGUUCGUUACUUUUUGAUUGA